CAAAUCAGUCAAUUUUAACCAUCAAUUUUAUAGUAAUGUAGUACCAAAUGACUCUCAUUUAUAUUUUACAGCAUUAGUUGAGAGAUUUGUUUUCCUUGAGAAAAUUUGCCAUGUGCUGUACCUGAACUAUAUCCAUAAUAAACGAUUUUGAAUUGAAUGGAAUCAAACUGAAUCGAAAGCUCGUGAGUCAGAUUCUUAUUAGAAUUGUGAAAUUUGUGUAAAAACCUAGUUGUUAGGGUGUUAUGGGGUUUGCUCAAAAAGGGAGACUUGAGGAACAGGAUGAAGGCAGACCUAAAGAUGAGCACAUCAGUCAGAGGGAGGAUGUUCUACACUAGAGCAAGCGAGAGAGGACAGAAGAGAGGCACAGGGCAGAGGAGCAGGCAGCUGUGGACACAACUGGACAGCUAGAGCUUGGAGGAAAAGGGAUGUUCAGAUCUGAGGGACACACGUGUUUCUUCUUAAAGAUGAAGUGAUGAGAACGACCAAUAAGUAAAUCGAGGCAAAGGAAGCAUGUGACUGGCUGAGGGCAGCGGGAUUCCCACAGUAUGCCCAACUUUAUGAGGAUUCCCAGUUUCCCAUUGAAAUAUCUUCCGUCAAGAGGGACCAUGACUUUCUCGACAAAGACCUUGUGGAGCCUCUUUGCCGUCGACUCAACACUCUGAACAAGUGUGCCUCCAUGAAACUGGACGUGAGCCUCCCCAAGAAGAAAAGUGAGGACUCUGAUGAGGAGGACCUGUUGGCCAUCAGUAAUAGAUGGACAUUUGAGUGGAAGAGUCGGCGCUGGUCACGUCUGCAAGACAUCGAUUACCUCCUGGGUACAGCGGAGGAGCGGAGCCCCUCUGAGGUGGGUGAGGACCUGCGGACCACCGUGAGCAGUGAGAGCAUUCUGACAGACCUCAGCGAGCCGGAGAUCUGUUCCCUGCCCAGCGAAGACUCUUUGGCCGCCAUGCCUGACUCUGCCUCGCUCACCACACUCAACUUGCCCAGAGAGCUGCCUCAUUACGGUUCACUUCCUGCCAAGAGCAGGCGACGUGGACGCACACGCGCCAAAGACUUCCUGAGGAGAAUGGAAACGCUGGGCCGGACAUGGGGACCAUCGAUGGUUCGUUCGGAGCGGCGCUCUUUGGUUAUCAGCAGCCCAGUUCUGCAAAGCGAGCCAGAGGUGCUAAAGACUCUACGAUGUGUUCAGAUUUUAAACGCCGGGCCUCUAAAUGCUGAAAACAUGCCACCUGCUAACAACUGCCUAAAUUCGCUGGCCAGCAGUGAGGUUAGCAGCCAAUCAGAAACCAGUGGGAGUGCCGAAAGCACACCAAACAUGAAGGGGCGUGUCUCAAAGUUGUAUCCUCCUGGUAAACGUGCAGGUGUCUACCUAGAGGACAUCGAUGUUCUCGCCGGCGCUCCCCAAAGAAGGAGACCGGUCGAGCAGAGCCGCAAAAAUGAAUUCCGCUCCUAUGACGAGCUAUUGGUGCACAUCCCAAAAGAUCACAAACCUGGUACCUUCCCUAAAGCGCUGUCGAUCGAGAGUCUGACGACAGCCAGUAAGGAACGUGGAAACUGGAAGCUUCUGGAUUCAGAGCCCCAGAACUUCAAGUGCAGGAAAGUUGGAGGAAGGGAACUCCGGCACGUGACGCGCUGCUGCCCGCGAGGCAGCAGGAUCAGUGUGUACGAUAACGUACCGGGCUCACACCUGUACGCGAGCACCGGGGACUUAUUGGACCUUGAGAAGGAAGAUAUAUUCCCACAUUUGGAUGACAUUCUGCAGCAUGUUAAUGGUCUGCAGCAGAUCGUGGACCACUGGUCCAAAAAUGUGUUGCCCGAGAGUGAGGGGGAGGGGGAUGGCGGCAGGGGGCAGGACCAGAGCAUUAUUGAUGGCCAGUCUUCCAGCCAGAUCACACUAGACUAUGAGGGGACUUCUGUAAUUGAGGGGUUGACCACACCGAACCACAUCAACAAGGAUGGGGUUUCGUUAAAUGAAACGGACACCUCCAGCACCAGAGAGAGGAGGGACUCGGGGGUGGGGGCUUCUCUGACACGACCACGCCUUAGAUGGCCCAGCUUCAGGAUGUCCAACCUCCUCAGCCAAUCAGGAAUUUCGCUACAGAUAUCCAGCCAAUCAGUGGGCCAGCUUAGCUUGUUGCAGAAGUUCUCUUUAUUGCGUCUCACUGCUAUCAUGGAGAAAUACUCCAUGUCCAACAAGCAUGGGUGGACUUGGUCAGUGCCAAAAUUUAUGAAGAGAAUGAAGGGACCAGACUACAAGGAUAAGACUGUAUUCGGUGUUCCUCUGAUUGUCCAUGUCCAGCGAUACGGACACCCUUUGCCCAUAAGCUUACAGCUCGCCCUGCGCUUUUUAAGGAGCCAGUGUUUAGACCAGGUGGGACUUUUCCGUAAAUCCGGGGUAAAGUCUCGUAUUCAGGCUCUGCGGCAAAUGUGUGAAACUUCCCCAGAAAGUGUGAACUAUGAGGAUCAGUCAGCGUAUGAUGUGGCAGACAUGGUCAAACAGUUCUUCAGAGACUUGCCUGAGCCUCUCCUCACGAGCAAAAUGGGCGAGACCUUCCUCCACAUAUACCAGUAUGUCCCUAAAGAACAGCGCUUACAGGCUGUGCAGGCAGCUAUCAUGUUGAUGGCCGAUGAAAACCGUGAGGUCCUGCAGACGCUGCUGUGCUUCCUAAAUGACGUGACUUCCUCUGUUGAGGAGAACCAGAUGACCCCAAUGAACCUGGCGGUGUGCCUCGCUCCUUCUCUCUUCCACCUCAACAUCAUGAAGAAUGAUACUUUGUCGCCUCGGUCUAUUCAGAGGAAGUAUGCCACUGGGCGGCCAGACCAAAAGGACCUGAAUGAGAACCUUGCGGCCACUCAGGGGCUUGCACACAUGAUUGCUGAGUGCAAUCACCUAUUCGAGAUUCCCCAGGAGAUGGUCUCUCAGUCCAGGAACUCAUACAUAGAAGCUGAGCUGCUGGCGCCCUCUUUAGACGAGCUCUGUAAAAAACAGCCACAACUGGAUGAGGAAGAAGAAGAAGAAGAAGAAGAAGAGGAAGAGGAAAGCACGUGUAGCUCUUAUCUGGAGAGCUUGAUACAGAAUCUGAUGAAAGAGACCAAAGACAAGACCAAGGGCUGGGUGACCGGAACAAAUAUUGACAAUACAGAGAUAUCAUUCAAAAAGGUGGGAGACGGGACCCCGUUGAGACGCUGGCGUGUGUCUGUAGAGGUGGAGGCUCCUCCAUCUGUGGUGCUAAACCGGAUCCUGCGAGAGCGCCACCUGUGGGACAGUAACCUGCUACAGUGGAAGGUUCUGGAAAGUCUGGACAAGCAGACGGAGGUGUACCAGUAUGAGCUGAACAGUAUGGCCCCUCACCCCAACAGAGACUUCGUGGUGCUCAGGACGUGGAGGACGGAUAUGCCAAAAGGUGUGUGUGUGCUGGUGUCGGUGUCAAUCGAUCAUGAGGAAAGCCCGCGGCUGGCCGGAGUGAGAGGAAUAAUUCUGGAAUCCCAGUAUCUGCUAGAACCGUGUGGCUCUGGGAAGUCCAGACUCACACAUAUAUGCAGAGCUGAUCUGAAAGGAAAGUCUCCAGAGUGGUACAACAAAGCUUUCGGCCAUCUCUGUGCUAGCGAGGCGGCCCGCAUCCGCAACUCCUUCCAGUCUCUGGAUCCUGAAGGCCCUGAAACCAAAAUCUGAACGUGGCUACAUGGAGUCAGGCACGAGGAAACUGGGAGGUAGCUCAACGUCAGGACAGAUGGUCACAGAAAACUAACUUUGGAGAGGAGAAGGAGGGAUUCAAGAGAGAGGAAAAUGGAAAGUGUUUAUUGUUUCUAGCCCCUUACCUACAACAAACUGCCAUGUCCUGUUGGUUCAGUAGCCUGUGGAUCAUUGGGAUUCAUUUUGAGUGUUUUACCCCUUAUAGGGCACUGAAGUCAGAUUAUUUCAUGUCAGUUUAUGCAGCUGUUCAAAACUGCCACUUUUGAAAUGGCUUUUGUUGUGUGUUUUGGGGCAAUAUAUGUGAGACGAGAAAAAAUGAAUAGAGAAAGUGACAGAGACAGACUCCACCGUAGCUAUGAAGCAAUGCCUGUAAAAAGUCGUAACGCUGCUUCCUGUUGUCCAGUCUUUACCGCAGCAGACAGCUUUAACUAGCACCUUUAGAGCUUCGCUUACAACAAACAGAUGUGAAUGACAAGCCACCUCACGCUAAUCUAAAAACAGCAGGUCUGGUUUCAUUUUCCCGAGCACUUCAAGCUAAUGUACUGCAUUCUCAAACCAGCUAUAGGUAUGUUAUUGUCUGCAUUAUUUAAAUCUUUGUAUUUAGGUGUUUAAUCCUCAUCCGAAUGAAGCUAAUGUUACAGUGACUGUAUUUUUAACCUAAGGUUGUACCCUGGUGACGUAUUGAUGUGAAGUAUUUACAAGCCCAUAUCAUUUCAAAAUUCUGUUUUAAGAAAUUUUUUUGUUUAUCAUUACAAUAUUCCUUCAUUUCAUUGUCCCAGGUAAGCAAUAAUGUAUUCUCAUGCUAAAUGGUACAGUAUUUUGCUCCUCUAACAAUGCAAAAUGAAUUACUUAAGAUUAAAAUCAAACAAUAUAGUAAAAAAAAAAAUAUAUAUA